CAUGCCAUCCACCCAUCUCCACUCCUUCCUCAUCCCACGGCUCCACGCCCACCACCUGCUCGACCGACCGCCUGACGCAGCGCAACAAUGGCUCCCGCGCUCACCUCCAACCCGCCCUCCUUCCGCCCCAUCUCCUCCCCGCUCCGCCGCCGCGCCGCCACCGUCCUAUGCCGCGCCGGCAAGCCCGGGAAGGACUCCGGGGCGGAUGACGACGCCGCCCCCAAGAAGAUUCCCGGCCUCUUCGCGGACUUCGGCAAGCUGACCGACGCCAAGUCGCUGAUACCGGCGCUCGCGUCGCCCGCGGCGGGGUCGCUGUUCGCGGGCGGCGGUAGGGGCCGGAAGGACCCGCAGACGGUGUUCGUCGCGGGCGCCACGGGGCAGGCCGGGGUCCGCAUCGCGCAGACGCUGCUGCGGCAGGGCUUCGCCGUGCGCGCAGGCGUCCCGGACCUCGCGUCGGCACAGGAGCUCGCGCGCCUCGCCGCGGCGUACCGGCUCAUCUCCCCCGCCGAGGCGCGUCGGCUCAACGCCGUGGAGUCGGGCUUCGACGACCCCGAGGCGAUCGCCAAGUCCAUCGGCCCUGCCGCCAAGGUCGUGGUCACCGUCGGCCCGGCCGAGAAGGGGCCGGAAGGCGGGGCCGUCACCACCGAGGACGCGCUCCGGGUGGUGCAGGCCGCGGACCUCGCCAGCGCGGCGCACGUCGUCGUCGUGUACGACAAGGGGUCCGACGGCAGUUUCGGGGGCGGUGGGUCCACCUACAAUGUGCUCGACGGUUUCACGACCUUCUUCAACUACAUCUUCUCCCGCGUCCAGACGCUGACGCUGAGCCAAUUCUUGGCCAAGGUGGUCGAGACAGAUGUCAGCUAUACACUAGUCAAGGCUUCACUCACCGAUGACUACAGCCCUGAGAUCUACGCCCUGGUCCUCGCCAAGGAGGGAGCAUCGUCCAGCACAACGUCCACCACCGACACCGGCAAGGUGUCAAAGUCACAGAUUGCGGCCCUUGUGGCUGAUGUCUUCUCCAAUGUGGCAGUCGCCGAGAACAAGGUUGUUGAAGUUUCAACUAACUCAUCAGCAACAUCAAAGCCGACAGCAGAGGCUUUCGUAGCUAUCCCUGAAGAUAGUAGAAGAAAGGAGUACCAAGAAGCUGCUGCAAAGGCACAGGCAGAAGAGGAGGCCCUUGCCUCCCAACGAGCUAGUGAAGCUGAAGCGGCUGCGAGCAAGCUCGAAGCCAAGGCGAAGAAGGCGCCCACCGAGGAGGAGGCACCCUCAGAGGAGGCAGCUGCUAGCCCGGUGAACGGGGCCCAAGCCUCUCUGGAGAACCUCCUGAGCAGAGCCAAAGGGAUUAGCACUGACUUCUCCUGGGAGAAGUUCAGCACACAGCUUGCAGAAGCGACGACUCCUCGAACCUCAACGGAGAAGGAACCGAAGGCAGAGAUCGCCACGGUGCGAGGGCAGGCGAAGGCAAAGAAGCUUGCACCACAGAGGGCCGUCGUGAAGCCAGCGGCGCAGAAGGUGAAGCAACAACCGAAGCAGCCGGAGUCCAAGCCUGAAGUUAGGCCAGUGUUCGGCGGCCUCUUCAAGCAAGAAACGGUGUAUGUGGACGACGACUGAGCCAAGGAGAGCCGGUUUAUCCUCCCUGCGUGAUUUUGUCCAAGCUUUUGUAUGCUCUUGGAAUGUGAAUGAGUAAAUCUGUGUAAAUUUGGCUGUAACAACGAUUGCUCUGUCGAUGAAUGAUCAUAUCCCCAUUUUCAGUACAGAACUUCCAUUGGCCUCA